AUGAUUUUUUUAUCAACAACAUAUGGGCAAUUUAUGAAUGGAACGGCACUUGGGAACGAUUGUGGUGUACUAACAGCGGCAACGGUGCUUUCCCAAAGUGUCAAUAGUCGAAUGAAUAAUGUAACCAAUCAUUUGGGAACAACGGGGAUCGAUUGUACUGAUCGAAAUGGUUGUGAAACACCGCUGAAUUUGAGUAGAGUUAAAUUAAAAAGUCCUACAGACCAUUCCAAAGUACGCAAAGCAUCGUUGCUGAAAAGUAAUACCAAUUCAAAAAAACCAAAUUCACCAUCUGAGAUUCUUAACCGAUUACCUUGCUCUUCGAUCUCACAUUCUUUUGCCUCUGAAACAUCAGCUUUCACAAGCCAUUCACCAGGUUCAUCAGGCGAAAGCACACCUGGAGGUAUAUUGACAUCAGAGAGUAUUCCGGCUCGAAUUCCUGCUAAAUCACCAAAUCAUAUCAAACGUCCCAUGAACGCCUUCAUGGUCUGGGCACGUGAUGAGCGAAGGAAAAUCUUGAAGGCUUGUCCAGAUAUGCACAACAGUAAUAUUUCGAAAAUCCUUGGAUCGAGAUGGAAGGCAAUGUCUAAUACGGAGAAGCAGCCAUAUUACGAAGAACAAUCCCGGCUGAGCAAAUUGCAUAUGGAGCAGCAUCCGGAUUAUCGUUACAGGCCUAGGCCAAAACGAACAUGUGUGGUUGAUGGAAGGAAAGUUCGUAUAAAUGAAUAUAAAAAUUUAAUGAGGAACAAAACAGCGGCAAAUCCAGUUGGUACUACCGGUUGCUCGUCUACUACCAGUGAAUGGAGUAGUGAUGUUGAUCAGUGUGGGAUAGCUGUGAGUCCUGGAUCUGGCUCCAGUCAUUCCUUAACAAUUAACACUAAUUCACUAUUAACGUCAACACCAACUGCAAUGAUAAUUCCCGAUAAUAAUAGUGAUACUACUGCACAUUCUCGAUCAUUCUCAUCUGUCGAUUUUGCCAGUCUUAGUGGCGCCACCGUGCUCACCGAUCUAGCCCAUCAUCAUCAUUGCCAUAUGUUACAGACCGCUGAAUAA